AUGGGUUUUAACCCACUUGGACCAGAAGACCAUUUCCCUGGCGACAAUGCGAUGGAGGUCGAUGAAGAUACUGAUCCCUCAAUGCCACCAUCUGGAACUCCGAACCACCCUAUCGAGAUUUCUGAUGGGUCACCAUUUGUGGGAUCACCAUACAAUGGUCCCGACAGCUUUGAGGUGAGAUUCAGGCAGCAUGACUGGGUAUUUACCCCUAGUUACCAUAACUCUCCCCUGCACCAGCCGCAACACAGCUCUCCCUUGCACCCCCAGCAGCAGCAGCAGCAGCCACAGCAACAACAGAAUCCUUCCGGGGAUUCCCGACUUGUCGCGGUCACUCCACCGCCGCCACCACCUCCGGUUGUGCCUCCUGCGCCUCCAAGCAGCCGAUACUCGCCACUUCACGAAGAACCAGAGAUGGGAGAAUCUUCACAUCCCGUCUCAGAAGUAACUUCUGCACCAAUCGCGCCACCACCACCACAGGAUUUCGGAAACCCAAUCCCUGCUUAUACUAGCGCGGCAGCAUACAAUCCCUUUGAGCAGACUUUUCCCCCAGGUUAUGACUUUACAGGGGAUCCCUACUGGGUAGCUGCGAACUACAACUCUCUCAAUCCGGAAGGUACUUUUGGAGGUCCCUGGGCUACGGGACAACCGACCUAUGGAUACCCAUCAUAUGGAUAUCAGCAGCUGCAGCCUCCUCAACCACCGCAUUAUCCGCCACCACCGCCGGCACCGAUGAUGUCGCCGCCACAAGUCCAAGAAAUCCUUCAAGGGAUAAAUGAUGUGCGACGUGAGAUGCGGCAUGAGUUGCGGGAAGAGCGUCGGCAUAAUCAUGGGAUGUUUAAGAAGAUGCUGCAAGCAUUAGUGGAGAAUGCUGUUACCAAAGCCAUUGAAAGGCAAUAUAGUGAAUCAAAUAGGACCCGAAGUAGGGCCCGGUCCGCGCCACUUUCCAAGACCAAGGGUCAUUCGGAGGCUCAUAGCAAACCACUCUCUAAGAAGGAUGUAUCUAAGAAAGAUGAGCUCAAGAAGGAUGAUGACCGACAUUCAUCCAACCAAAACAGUAUCCCGUCAAGGAAGGUCGAGCAUAAGCCAGAACCGCGUGAUAAGUCAUGUACCUACAAAUACUUCGUCUCAUGCAAACCCCGGGACUUUACUGGGGAGAAGGGAGCGGUUGACUGCAUGACCUAG